GUCAAGGUCGGGAUCAAGUGGCAGCUUGUGGGGGUUCCUGCGCCGUCAAGUACGAGGUCGACGAUGAUGCGCCCCCAUCAGGUGGUGCUCCGCCGGUGCCAUCUCCUCCCACGUCUUCCACGUCACCGACGACGAUGACGAUGACGGCGCCCACCACCACCACGUCACCCGCUUCUGCAACACCACGUCUCCCUCGGCCGCCGUCGCCCACGUGUUCCCGGUCCUGUUCCUGACGCUCCUCCUGCAGUGAGGGGCGCGGCGCUCCUGACGGCGGCGCUGCUGCUGGGGGGGGGCGGGAUGAAGGCUCAGGCAGC